AUGGCGGAGGCCGAGGUGCUGCUGACCAAGGAGCCGGCGCCGCAGGCGGUGCCGGCCUCCCAGCUCCCCAUGAAGGUGGCCGAGGUGGCGCUGAACACGGGGCCCCACUCCUCCUGCGGCCUGGCCACCGCCGGCUUCCGCACCGCCAAGUACCUGCCGCAGGAGUGGCACGAGCACAACCACACCCGGGCCCACGAGGCCUCCGUUGAGUGCGACCAGGCCGAGCGCUGCCGGCUCGAGGCCCGCGGUCUGGCCCGGCGCACCGCCACCGCGGCCCAGCGCGCCCAGCAGGACUCCACGGCCGCCCUGGGCCAGCGCCUCCAGGACAUUCACUUCUGGAAGGCCGAGCUCCAGAAGGAGAUCGAGGACCUCAUUGCUGAGACGGGGCUGCUGGCGGCCCAGAAGGUGCGGCUGGAAAGGGCGCUCGACGCCACCGAGAUGCCCUACGCCAUUGCCACCGAUAACCUGCAGUGUCGGGAGAGGCGGCAGCACCCAGACCUGGUUCGUGACCAGGUGGAGAUAGAGUUGCUAAAGGAAGCUGAACUUAUCAGAAAUAUCCAGGAACUUUUGAAGAGAACUUUGAUGCAAGCUGGUAACCAGAUGCGGUUAAAUCGAGACCACAAAGAGGUUUGUGAAAUGGACUGGUCGGACAAAGUCGAGACAUACAACAUUGACAAUAAAUGUGGAAGAUACAGUAACCAGAGCACCAACAUCCAGUUCCAUCCUGGCUCAGUGAAGUUUGAAGAGAGUGCUUCAACACCAGAGACAUGGGCAAAGUUCAGUCAUGACAACAUCUAUAGGGCAGAACGAGAAAAACUGGCUUCCAUCAAUCUUCGUGCCUUGAUUGACAAUAUUCUUCAUGAUGUAGCUGAGGACCUGCACAUGCAGUGUGCUGCUGUUAAUGAGGCUUUUGCCAAACGCUGUGAGGAGUUGGAAGAUGCAAAACACAAACUAGAGUAUCAUUUGCAAAAUACACUUAAGGAAAUUGGAGAUCAAGAAGCUAAUAUUAUUGCUCUCAAACAAGCUAUCAAGGACAAAGAAACCCCAAUGAAAGUUGCUCAAACAAGGCUGUAUGACAGAUCGUUUAGGCCCAAUGUUGAGCUCUGCAGAGAUCCAGCACAAUUCAGGCUGAUCAGUGAAGUUGGAGAACUAACGGAGUCCAUUGAGUCUUUGAAGAAAAAACUACUAGAAUCUGAACAGUCUCUGAGGAACCUGGAAGACACACGGAUGAAUUUAGAGAAAGAAAUAGCUGUGAAAACAAACAGUAUUUUUAUUGAUAGGCAAAAGUGUAUGGCCCAUCGCAUACAUUACCCUACUGUUCUUAAAUUAGCAGGUUACCAGUAA